AUGGCAGAGUUGGAGGCCCAGGGCCGCUUGUGGCUCGAGAGCCCCCCUGGGGGACCGCCCCCCAUCUUUUUGCCCUCGGAUGGGCAAGCCCUCAUCCUGGGUCGGGGACCCUUGACCCGUGUCACCGACCGGAAGUGCUCCCGAAAUCAAGUGGAGCUGGUCGCAGACAUUGGGACCCGGACAGUAGCGGUAAAACAGCUGGGAGUUAACCCUUCAACUGCGGGGACCCAGGAGCUGAACCGUGGGUUGGAGGGCUCUCUGGGGGUGGGGGACACGCUGUAUUUGGUCAACGGCCUCCACCCCCUGACCCUGCGCUGGGAAGAGGCCCGCGCACCGGGAUCCCAGCCAGGCACUCCACCCGGCACCCCUCUGGCGGCCACAGACAUCGAGGAGGAUGCCAAGCUCCCGAAAAAGCGGAUGCGAAAGUCAUCUCCAGGCUGGGAGGACUUUGAGAAGCUGCUGGUGUUCACAGCACCUGGGGUGAAGUCCCGGGGCAAGGUGGCAGGCUUUGAUCUGGAUGGGACCCUCAUCACCACUCGCUCUGGGAAGGUCUUCCCCACCGGCCCCAGCGACUGGAAGAUCUUGUACCCAGAGAUUCCACGGAAGCUCCGUGAGCUGGAAGCCGAGGGCUACAAGCUGGUGAUCUUUACCAACCAGAUGGGCAUCGGACGCGGGAAGCUGCCAGUGGAGGAGUUCAAGGCCAAGGUGGAAGCCGUGGUGGAGAAGCUGGGGGUCCCUUUCCAGGUUUUGGUGGCCACGCAUGCCGGCCUGAAUCGGAAGCCAGUGACCGGCAUGUGGGAGCAUCUUCAGGAGCAGGCCAACGAGGGCUUGCCCAUAUCCAUCACUGACAGUCUCUUCUGUGGAGACGCAGCCGGUCGCCCCGCCAACUGGGCCCCAGGGCGGAAGAAGAAAGAUUUCUCUUGCGCAGACCGCCUGUUCGCCCUUAACCUUGGCCUGCCCUUCACCACGCCUGAGGAGUUCUUUCUCAAGUGGCCUGCAGCUCGCUUCGAGCUCCCAACCUUUGACCCGAGGACCGUCGCCUCUUCGGGGCCUCUCUGCCUCCCUGAGUCCAGCUCCCUUCUGAGUACCGACUCCGAAGUGGUCGUCGCCGUGGGAUUUCCUGGGGCUGGGAAGUCCACCUUUCUCAAGAAGCACCUGGUGUCUGCCGGAUACGUCUACGUGAACCGGGACACGCUGGGCUCGUGGCAGCGCUGUGUGACCUUGUGCGAGGCAUCCCUGAAGCAGAAGAAGCGGGUUGUAAUCGAUAACACAAACCCAGACGUCUCAAGCCGGGCCAGGUAUAUAAAGUGCGCGCAAGAUGCAGGCGUCCCCUGCCGGUGUUUCCUCUUCACCGCCACUCUGGAGCAGGCACAGCACAACAACCGGUUCCGGCAGAUGACAGGGUCCCCACACGUCCCCGUGAACGACAUGGUUAUGUUUAGCUACAGGAAGCAGUUUGAGGCGCCCACGCUGGCCGAGGGCUUCUCCCAGGUGCUGGAGAUCCCCUUCCGGCUGCAGCUGGCCCGGCAGCUGGAGAGGCUAUACCGGCAGUUCUCCGAGGGCUGA